GAAGGCGGAACCGGAAGUUAUGGGGGAUGCGCCGGUCCCCAGCAUGGCGGCUUCUCGGCCCUCCGGGCCGGUUGCUUCUGAGACUGCUGCUGCUCGGCUCCUGGCUGUACUGUGGGUCGUGUCAGUAACCACGGGACCUUGGGGAGCUGCAGCCGGCGGUGGCGAAGAGUCACUUAAGUGCGAGGACCUCAGAGUGGGACAAUAUAUUUGUAAAGAUCCAAAAAUAAAUGAUGCUACACAAGAACCAGUUAACUGUACAAACUACACAGCUCAUGUUCCAUGUUUUCCAGCACCUAACAUAACUUGUAAGGAUUCUGGCGGCAAUGAAACACAUUUUACUGGAAACGAAAUUGGUUUUCUCAAGCCCAUAUCUUGCCGAAAUGUAAAUGGCUAUUCAUACAAGGUGGCGGUUGCACUGUCUCUUUUUCUUGGAUGGUUGGGAGCAGAUCGAUUUUACCUUGGAUACCCUGCCUUGGGUUUGUUAAAGUUUUGCACUGUAGGAUUUUGUGGAAUUGGGAGCCUAAUUGAUUUCAUUCUUAUUUCAAUGCAGACUGGAAGGAAACUCCACGAUGUACUGCCUGACAUGGCCCAGGUGCCCUACAAGGGCCUGCCUUUACUGCCGUGUACCACUCCAGACAGCAUGCAGAGUUGGUGGAGAGUAUAACAAACAUCAGAGAUAUUUUGCAAUUCAUGGCUGACCCAUGCUGAUCCUUUCUUUAAUUAAACCUUCCACUUGUGAAUGAAUCAUUUCUUCCAUUAAUUAAAACAGGAUACACUUAUGUCUCUGUAAAGUAUGUGUCAAAAGAAAGCAUUCCACCUAAAAUAUAUACAGGAGGCGCUGACCACCGCGGAGAGUCAUCCAUCAUAGUCUGCUAAAAAGAUCAGCUCUGGAAUUAGAACGAGCACAAUCAUCUCUUAUGCCCUCCAAAAUACAGGUUGCAGCUUCUCACCCGAUCUGUCAGCUCCUGUGCUAAUAUAGGGAGUAAAGCAUAGUGUGAAGCCGUAAGAGGACCGUUUAUUUUGUAGGGCAGGGCAGGCGGCCCCAGCGCUCCGGUAAUGCCAUCAUCUCUAAUAACUGCUUGGAGCCUGUGCUCUCUGGAGACUUGUCUCUUGAUUGUUAGAGCUGGAAGGCAGCGGAAUCUCACUGUUGGCGAGGCUCAACAAUUGCUCCUGCGGUUCCUCCGAAAGCCAAGAGGAUGACUGAGAAAUCUGACGGCGCUGUUUAGGUGGACAAAGCAAGUUCGUGUUCCCACUCACCCCCACCGUCUCCUUCUGGAAGAAGUGGGCUGCAGAAAUCGAUUUGCAGUCUUUAGCUCCAGGAAACAGUGAGCCCAUGCAGCCACUGUUCAAAAUAUUUUGCCUCAGAGGAAACUCUGCACUCUCCAAACUCCAAAGACCUCGAUGAAGUACAUAACCAUGUUUAAAAAUCACCACUGGGGAUUCUCCAGGCAAGAUGAAAAGGAAAGAAGGAUAAAGCAUUGAGAAACUCAAAGUGCCUCAGGUCCUCUAAAAACAAGUUUUAAAUAUCCUGCAAGAUUUCAAAUGCAGCAAUUUUUGAGAAAGCGCGACAUUGUAAAGCCUGUUCUCUCGGUGAAGUGUCAGGCUCCAUAGGAGUAGGAAUGAUAAACACUCUUCCUGCAUAUUUAGGAGGCUGUUUCAGAAGACGCCAAGUGAUUGCUAAAACAGUCGUGCAAUUUAGUGUGUUUUAGUACCACAAUUUUCUGUCCAAUACUAAUUGCUCUUUUAUUUUUCCUUCAAUUAAUCCUGUAAGGCGGGUACAAAAAUGUAGGAAUGAUAAGGACAUUUGCCAUCAUUGGGGCUAUUUCCAAUGGUGAAAGGAAGGACUGGAAAGGUGAAGUGACUUGUCCAGGGCCAAGGGCAGGUUCAUGGCAGAGCCAGGGCUCCCAACUAUGUCUCCUCUCUCACAGUCCUGGGCUCUUUCCCCUGUGUUUCUAAUGAGGACUGAGUCAAGGGUGAUUUAUUCCCUCAGCACAGUGCUAGGUACAGUGCCUGUGGAUUGAUUAAUGCAUUGAUUCCCACAGAAUAAGAGAUUUGAGAUUACUUGACAAAUCUCUCAAGUACUCAGGAAAAAAAAAAUCAAUAGUUUUUCUUUGACUUCAAGUCCAAAUUAUUUGUAGUAUUUCAGAGGUACUUUCCUCCUGCCUUCAAUACUUCUCCGAUACUCACUGGCUUGUCUCCUGGGUCAAGAUAUAUCAGACUGAAAAGAGGAGGUAUAUGAGAGAUUUAACAAUUAGUGGAAAUGGACCAUAACACUGGAGAAUUAAUUGUUCACAUGGUACAGAGCAGUGAUUAAGAACAUUGACUCUGGAGUCAAGUUGCCCUGGGUUCAAAUGCUAGCUUUGACAUUUAGAAGAUGUGUAGUCUAAGAUCACUGAUUGCGGGCUUUUUAAAUCCCGGGGCCUCAGUUUUCUCCUCUGUAAAAUGGAAAUUUUAGUACCUACUUUACAGGCUUGACUCAAGGAUAAAUUUUAAAAUCUGGCUCCCUUUAUAUGUGUGAUUUAAUGACAUAUUCAAACAGUAACAUUAGAACAAGAGCUAUGAAAAAAUUAGACCAUUAAACUUGCUUUAUAUUGAUUGAAGCCCUAAUACUAGGUCAUUUUUGAGAGAAGAGCAUCCUUGUGCUAUUUGAUGUUAUUUCCUCUCUCUCGGCCCCCACUCCACACCACCCUAGUUUAAAUGCCCAGGUCCCUUGUCUGCAUAACUGCAAUAGCCUCCUCUCUGCUGCUUGUCUCUUUCUCUUUUUAUCUCCAAUCUAGUUCUUCUUGAGUAACCAUUUAAAGAAACAUAUUUGGCCAUAUCAUGCUCUAACUGAAAAGCCUUCGGGGAUUCCUAUGGCUUACACAAUAAAGCAGUACAGGCUGGUCCCAACCCCCUACUGUAACUCAUUCCUACCAGCAUCAUCCCCACACCCCACAUUCUAACCAAACAGGACUACUCACUGUUCCCUCAACACCCCAUGUACUAAUACACCUCUGUGGCUUUGCUCAUGAUGUGCUCUUGGACUGAAACCAUCUUUUCCCACUUCAUCACCUACUAAAUUCCUGGUCAUCCACCAAAGCCCAGCUACAAUUUCACCUCUUCAAUUAAGCCUUUCCUUACUCCACUCCCCUCCUGGCAAAAUUAAUUACUCCUUGCUCUGUGUGCGAUGCCACUUUGUUCUUAUCUCACAAAUAGCAUUUACUGCAUUAAAUUAUAUUUUAUUGUAUAUGUGUCUGUCCCCAGCGAAACCCGGAUUAGCAGACAUUCGAAACCGUUCCCUCCUUCCAAACCCAUGACUCUUUUCCCCACUAAGAUCAAGUGCUGCCUAGAAUUGUUUUUAACUAGUGCUCUGAGCAGCCCCUCCAAAUCCCUGAGUUGACACCAGAGUGAAACAGAUUUGCAACCUGUAGCUAAAGUAUGAUGGCCAUGAGUACAGGACCAUGUCUGUUUAUCUCUCUACUUCUAGUACCUAGUGCAAUACCUAGUAUGUAAUAAAUGUUUGUUAAGUACGUGAAAGCAAGGAACCACAGCAAGGUACUAUUUAUUAGGUGUGAACUCUUAGGAACAGUUCUGGGUGCUGAGAGUGUAGCGUCAGACAUAGAUUGUUAGUACUCGACACCACACUUCAUAUCCUAGACUCGGGGACAUGGAAAUGUAAAUUCUGUCUGUAAAAGGAGCUCAGAUUUGGGAAAUUGUUGCAAAGUAAUUCAAAACUCUUUUAUACACACAGACACGCUUGCUUGGUAGACAAUGUACCUUUUUAAUAUCAUAUGAACUUAUCAGCCAUGAGGUAGAACACUUAUCUUCUUCAUCCUUCUUCACCAAAUAUUCCAAAUAAGUCUUUAUAUCUAGUUUUAUAAUGUAAGUUAACAGGAAAGUAAGAUUUAUUUUAUAGAAAUUAUAAUAAUUAUUAUUGUUAAUAAUAGCAAACAUUUACUGGCUCCUCAGUAUGUACCAGGCACUGUCUUAGCUGCUUGAUAUGUAUUAGGUCAUUUGAUCUACACAACAGUGCUAUGAGGUUGGUGAUUAUCUUCAUUUUGCAGAUGAGAAAACAGAGUCUCAGAGAGGUUAAGUCAAUUGCAUGACAUUUCGCAUCUAGUAAAUAACAGAAGUGAGAUUCAAACCAAGAUGUGCCAAAUUUCAGAAACCAUACCUUAACCAUCAUGUUCUAUCUCAUGAGAACCCACACUGUAUCUUGUAUUAGUCAGCUUUUUCACAAUAAUGCUGUGUAACAAUCAUCUCAAAACUCAGUGGCUUAAAACAGCAAGCAUUUAUUCUCAUGCUCAAAGGUCUGCAGAUCAACUGUGCUUCAGCUGAGUUAGGCUGAGCUCAGCUGGGAGGGUCUGUGAAUUUAGCUUAGAUUUGCUCCAUAUUUUUAAUUUUAGACUCCAGACAGUAGUUACCCAGGGUAUCCCAUGGCAGGUGACCAGUGCACAAGAUUGAAGCUAAAUUGAGGAAAGCACAAUGUUUUUCAUGUCCACAAACAUUUCAGUGGCCAAAGCAACCCAACAUCAAUGGGGGAGGAAAGUGAAGGCCCAUGAUGGAAUGUUGAAGGGAGUAAAUAUUUACUACUAAUAAUACCAAGUAUCACACGGUACCUUUAUUUAUUUUUUAAAAAGGUCUUGGCUACUUAAUCUUUUGCAGUUAGGCAGGUAUUUCAUUUUUGCCUCUGAGCAAUGACACAAAGUUCAAAAGCUGCUGCUGAAGGCUUCAGCCCUUCUAGUGUCUACGUAGUUGUGUGUGAGUACUAAAAUGCUGACCUUUGAACUCUUUAGAAUGGCACCGUUGUUGGCAGAUUGAAAAUCCACACUUUUCUUCGCCUGAUUCUUUGCCAAGUUCAUGAAGGUGUUUAUAUAUUUUUUAAAACCUUCCAAUAAAUCUUUGAUUUCCUCAAGAGCAAUGUAUUUUCGGAAACCUAGAAGUUCUUGUGAACAGCUCUUAUACAGGCUCAGAAUAAGGUUACAGAGGUUCAGAGUAGCCUUAGAGGGCACUUAGUUCAACUUUCUCAUUUUACAGAUGAGGAAACAAAUAGUUUCAGUGUCAAACUUCCAAUUAUUGCAUACUGUGAGCUACAUUUUUUUUCUCAUAUAAGGAAAGCAAUGAGAAAAAUCUCGGGGGCAACCUUUACACAUCAUGCUGCAACUGUAAUUCUGUAGCGGGGACCUCCAUUCAGUUUAUUUUAUGAGAACCCUCAUGACUUUGCUCACUAUAUGACCACGACCAACUUCCCUGAUUGCCUAUGAAAAACAGAAAUCAAGUCUUUCCCUUUCUCUUUAUAAUCUUGGGGACCUUCUGCUUUGAGAGCCAGCAGAAUAAACUGAGAGACACCUGGUCACCUGCCCCAGUGUCCUGAAGACGACAGCUGUUUUCCACAAGGGAGAGAGACAGGGAGGCACCACGCCCAGUUUUCCAGGAAGGGAAUUAUGACUAUCUUUCCAGGCCAAACACUUUCAAUAUUUAACUAAUAUUCUCUGCUAUUAAACCAGUACAUUUAGAAGGGAGAGUAUGCUGGGGUGAGGAUGGGAGUGAAGAUUAGAAAACUCUAAGGUGAAAAGUACAGUUGAUUAAAUAAGUAUUGAUGGAAUGAAUACAUGCUAUGGGCCAGAUCUUGUGCUAGGGAAUAGGGUGAUGAUGUAAACAAGACAGAAAAAGGUCCCGUGUUCAGGAUGCUUCCAGUCUAGCUUGGACAUGUAACUAAAGUGCUAUCAAAGCAAAAGUAUAGGGUAUCAUGGGAGGGUAUAUUGCAGGAUUUAGCUGAGUGUAUGUAAGGAGGGGCUGAGACACAGUCAGAGAAGGUGUCCCUGGGUAAAUGAUGUUUCCCCAAUAGUCUUUAGGGGGCUGAGGUCAAGAGCUUUCCAGAAAGAGUAUAGAGCACGUGCAAAGGCCUAACAGAACUGAGAAAUAGCUAAGGAAGCCACAGCUUAGUCGGGGAGGGGAGACCAAUAUAAGAUUAAUAUAAGCCCCCCAAGCUGUUGGGUGGGGACUUAUAGGACAAGAAUAGAGUACAGAACUUUAUUCUAAGGCUAAAGAGAAGACAUUAAAAGUAAUGUAAAGACAUUAAAGUAGGGGAAUGACAUGAUAAUAGGAUUUUCAUUUUUAAAAGGAACACUUUGGCUGUAGUGACAAGAACAAAUUGGAGAUGGGGGGAAAGAGAGAAUUGGGGAAUGUAAGAAAAUUACAUGGAGAACAAAAUAAGAAUCUGGAGCUGAUUCCAAAUACUCAGCCCAGGUUGGCUCUAGAUGAUGUAGAGUGAAGAGUUGGGCUGAAUGUGUACUCGUGUGUGUACGUGUGCCUGUUUGUAGAUCACACAGAGCAUGAUGAAGGUCCUCUCUUCUCCCCAAAGUCACCCACAACUUCUAGAUAGCUCAGGAAUUGGAUCACUUAUUUGGUGUUUGAAACUGUCUCCAGAACAUGCUGGUGAAAGGACAAGGAUGGCUUUAGAGUUAAGGCUGGCAAACUGGACACAUAUACUUAGCUCCCUUUCUUCCUGAAACCCACUAACACAGAGCAAUGAGGAUGGAAGAGGCAAAAACAGCAAAACCUGUGAAGGGCUGGUGACUGAGCUAGCAGACAAGGCGGACAAAGCCACCUGCAAAGCCUCUUGUGGGGAGACCCCCAGAGGGACUUGGGGACAGAGAGCAUAGGCAGGAACUGGUGCUCCUGGGAUUUCUGGAAGUGAGAGUAAAGGUGGGGCUGGAGCAGGAGGGUUGGCAGAAAGGGUGUAGAAGCAGGUAGUUUCCCUUGCCUCCACUCCCACUCUCCCCAUGCCAUGCAGUCACUUGACUUCCUCAGCAGUAAAUGACAGCAGAGAUUUAUUUCCCAGAGACGGUAAACAGGGGGUUUCUGAACUGGGGAUGCAGGGAGAGUCGAGGUAUGGGAGAUCACUGUGCUGAAAACAGAGGGAUUCAAGGAAUAUUGAUGGGCUGACUGAAUAUUUGGACUCCAGCCUUCUUCCCCCACUCAGCUUCCAGAGCACAGCAGCCAGACAUGUAUUCUGUAAGAAGGGGAUUGAAGAGUCUUCUCUGGACAUCUGACCAGUCCAGGAGAAAAGGCCCACAUGGAGGGUUCCCUAGGAAACAGCCUAGUCAUAUAACCCACCCCAGUGCCAAGUUGGGGAAGCUCUGGGAGAGAUCUCAAGAAAAUGAAAUCAAUAAUUACUAAUGUGUUUUUACACAACUGGGGCAGAAUUUAGAUUUGAUUAAGGAUAAGGUCAUUAAAACCCAAGCAAGGGAAAAAACAAGCCAAUUAUUCACUCUAGAUGGAAAAAAUGUGCAGGAAAGGAAAAAUAUUUUUGAUAUCCCACACAAAUUAGCUGCCUACAGCAUUUACACAGUCAUGGUGAUAGAAACAUUAGAUAUUGAUCUAACUGAGUUACAACAUCACUAUAUUGGUCAGAUGGAACACUACGUGUGUGUGUGUGUGUGUGUGUGUGUGUGUGUGUGUGUGUGACCUAUAGAGAGCUAAGUCCCCAUCUUGUAUGUCGGGAAGCCAAUAGAUAACUUCUAUAAUUGAAAUAUCAUGUAGCAACAUAAAUCUGUUAUUUGGAAACUUAUAGUUAAAUAUUAACAGAAUCAGAAAAGUUGAAAGAGAUUGUCUUUGGAGAGUGUGCAAUGGAGGUGGGAAGCAUUGUAUGGCUUGUUAACUCCUAUUUUUCAUAAUAAGCCAUAUAAAAAUAGUUGACUCCUUCAUAUAUGUAUAAUGUUAAUGAAAAUAAACAUUAAAUUUAAAGAGGAAGGCCUCCCUGGUGGCAC